AUGACAAGUUUACUAAAGAUUUAUUCAUGGAUUUCAAUCAUUUUUCCAUGGUUUUCUUCGUUACUUUAUCUAUUCUUACCUGGUGAAACAAUGAAAUAUUUUGGUCAUUCACCUACACCAUCGGGUGAAUUUUGGGUACAAGUUGUAGCAAGUGGAGAUAUCCUCAUUGGAUUUCUUGCUUUAGUUGGACUAAGAACAAAACAUAAUGGUGUAUUGAAACUAAUUCUACAAUCAAUUGCUAUUUAUACUAUAUUUCAUAUGUCUACUUUUUGGUAUGUUCACGCUUAUCGAAAAAAUCAUCCUUAUGGCUGUGUUUCGUAUAUGAUCUUCUUAGUUAUGUGUAUUGUUGUUUGCAUAUGGUGGGGUUGGUGGAAAUCACCUCAUCAGUUAAAUAAUACUACAGUUUUCGAAAAUAAAAAUAAAUACAGAUUCCUUUCUUUUUUCACCAACGUUUGA